GCAGAGGUUUGCGCCGCGGGAAACGUCAUGCCUACGCGCUGAGGUCCCGCCCCCAUGUGGUGGGCGAGGCAGAAUGGUCGCAGCCAUUGGUGGCGUGUGGAGUGCUUCCCACGGAGGGUAUUAUAAUUGACUAGGUUUCUGAUAUCCAGAUCUGUUUCUAAGAAGUCAAUUGACAAGGCUGAGUUUCUGUGCAAACAUUGAAGAGCCAGUUGGCACCAUGAAGGUCUUCUGUGGUCGUGCCAAUCCAACCACAGGAUCCCUGGAAUGGCUGGAGGAGGAUGAACACUAUGAUUACCACCAGGAAAUUGCCAGGGCUGACAAGAUGGCUCAGUGGGCACAGGUACUUGCUGCCAAGCCUGAAGACUUGAGCUCAGUCCUUGGAACUCACAUGGUAGAAGGAGAGCACCAACUUCCACAAAACUGUCUUCUGACCUUCACACAUGCGCCACGGUCGUCCUAUGCCGAUAUGCUGCAUGACAAAGACAGAAAUAUAAAAUAUUACCAGGGUAUCCGGGCAGCUGUGAGUAGGAUAAAAGACAAAGGACAAAAGGCCUUGGUUCUUGACAUUGGCACUGGCACAGGUCUCCUGUCAAUGAUGGCAGUUACUGCAGGAGCUGACUUCUGCUAUGCUAUCGAGGUUUUUAAGCCCAUGGCUGAUGCUGCUGUGAAGAUUGUGGAGAAAAAUGGCUUCAGUGAUAAGAUUAAAGUUAUUAACAAGCAUUCCACUGAGGUGACAGUUGGACCAGAUGGUGACUUGCCAUGCCGUGCUAACAUCCUGGUCACGGAGCUGUUUGACACAGAACUGAUUGGGGAGGGAGCACUACCCUCUUAUGAGCACGCACACAGGCAUCUUGUGCAGGAAGACUGUGAAGCAGUGCCUCACAGGGCAACUGUCUAUGCCCAGCUGGUGGAGUCCAGAAGGAUGUGGUCGUGGAACAAGCUGUUUCCUAUCCGUGUUGAGACUAGUCUUGGGGAGCAGAUCAUCGUCCCUCCCUCAGAAUUGGAGAGGUGUCCUGGCGCACCUUCCGUCUGUGACAUUCAGCUGAACCAGGUGUCUCCUGCCGACUUCACGGUCCUCAGUGACGUGCUAACCAUGUUCAGCGUGGACUUCAGCAAGCAAGUCAGUAGCUCAGCAGCCUGCCACAGCAGACAGUUUGUCCCUGUGGCAUCUGGCCAAGCACAGGUGGUUCUCUCUUGGUGGGACAUUGAAAUGGACCCUGAGGGGAAGAUCAAAUGCACAAUGGCACCCUUUUGGGCACAGACAGACCCACAGGAGCUUCAGUGGCGGGACCACUGGAUGCAGUGUGUAUACUUCCUGCCGCACGAGGAACCCGUUGUGCAGGGCUCACCCCGAAGCCUGGUAGCCCACCAUGAUGACUACUGUGUGUGGUACAGCCUGAGGAGGAUCAGCCCUGAUGAGAAUGAGAGCAUCUCCGAAGUGCGACCCGUGUGUGAUUGUCAGGCUCACUUGCUCUGGAACCGGCCUCGGUUUGGAGAGAUCAAUGAUCAGGACAGAACUGAUCAGUAUGCCCAGGCCCUGAGGACUGUUCUAAAGCCAGGUAGCAUCUGCCUUUGUGUCAGCGAUGGCAGUCUGCUCUCCGUGCUGGCCCAUCACCUCGGGGCAGAGCAGGUGUUUACAGUUGAGAGUUCAGUUGCUUCCUAUAGACUGAUGAAAAGGAUCUUCAAGGUUAACCACUUGGAAGAUAAGAUUAGUAUCAUCAAUAAACGGCCUGAGUUGCUUACAUCUGCAGACCUGGAGGGUAAGAAGGUCUCCCUCCUCCUGGGUGAACCCUUCUUCACUACCAGCCUGCUGCCGUGGCACAACCUAUACUUCUGGUACGUUCGUACCUCUGUGGACCAGCACCUGGCACCUGGAGCUGUGGUGAUGCCCCAGGCUGCCUCACUGCAUGCCAUGAUCGUGGAGUUCAGGGAUCUGUGGCGGAUCCGGAUGCCUUGUGGUGACUGUGAAGGUUUUGAUGUGCACAUCAUGGAUGAUAUGAUUAAGCGCUCCCUGGAUUUCCGAGAGAGCAGGGAGGCAGAACCCCACCCAUUGUGGGAGUACCCCUGUCGCAGCCUCUCCGAACCUCAGCAGAUCCUGACCUUUGAUUUUCAGCAACCCAUCCCCCAGCAGCCUGUGUGUGCCAAGGGCUCCAUGGAGCUGAGAAGACCCGGGAAGAGCCAUGGGGCUGUCCUUUGGAUGGAAUAUCAGCUGACUCCAGACAGCACAGUCAGCACCGGCCUCAUGAACCCUGCAGAAGACAAGGGGAACUGCUGCUGGAACCCCCACUGCAAGCAAGCUGUGUACUUCCUCAGCACCACACUGGAUCCCACACUGCCUCUGGAUGGCCCUCAGUCAGUCAGCUAUGCUGUAGAGUUUCACCCCCUCACUGGAGACAUCACCAUGGCAUUUAGGCUUGCAGACAUCUUGAACUGAUCAUCUAUUGUUGAGAAAUAAAAUGGCUAACAGGCUGCA